UGCCAGAGCCGGCUAACAACGACUUGUGUUCCCCCAGACUCGUGGUGGACGAUCGACAACAACUGCCGUCUCGGGAGCAGGAACCGUUAAGUUUCGAGGCUGUUCAUUGCAGGUAACAUUCGAGAUGAACCACGAGGGAAGCAAUAUCAAAUUUCGCCGAAACAUCGCCCUAUUCCUCAUCAGCACUCUCAACUUUGGAUCCUAGUAUCCCUUGCCAGCAAUAUCAGUCACCAUGAGUACAACGGGGUCUCGGCGGAGGCUAGACCUCCUUAUUCAGGACCAGCGCACCAUUCAAAAAUGGCCAACGCUCCCGUUGAGAACGCAAGGCCCAAUCGGGACCCCGACCCGGUGUAGUUAUUUGGCAAGUACUGUACAGAGUCCCACGGCCCCAUGCGUUGUAACGCCGUGUGAUUGCUGUAUCGCAGCAGAAUUCCAGAAAACUGUGCUGCCUGCUCUUGCAAAGCUCCACCGACCUCUCCAGGUAGACAUCCAGCCUCGAGGAGCCGAACUGUUAUUGAUUCCUUCCUCUGAAGGGAGUGUGCGGAAUCUUUACAUGCUAGGGACUAAGUGCAGUGAACGCAACCGCCAGGCAUACCUUCUCCUCCAUGGAAUCAAUCCUCUUGUUGAUUUGUCCGAGCCCACUCCGCCCGGGAUCGAGGUUAAGGUGGUACCAGCCACGAUCCCCUGGGGACAAAAUACGGCGUGGCCGAUGUGCCCCUUCAUUCAACAGUCCCACUAUUAACCCACAGCAGUAUUUUGC